GGACGGGACGCUUCUUCAACAACAUCUCGUCAGUCACCUCGGUAGCUUCCUAGCGGAAACGUUCAAGCUGUUCAGACUGCUUCGGUCUAUAUUUACUUCUGUAUUUGGAACAUAAUUCUGUCUUUUAACUAAAUGAGCCUAUCACUAGGCUAGUCGCCCCGACCAUGAGCUCAGCAAGCUGCUGCCCUCCUGCUAAAAAAGAGGUCUGCUGGAAGGAGAAAGAAGGUAUUUGGCUGAACGUUGUCGUGAAAGAGGAGAAUGAAGAGGAGGAUGUCAGUAAACGAACGAACGAAGAAGUAGAGGGUGAGGCUGUUACACAGAAAGAAGAGGAAGAAAACGAUUAUACUUUUUCUGGAGUGAAUGAAGGAGAGAUAACUGUCAUAUUGAAGGAGGAGGAGAGGAAAGAAGAGGAGGAGACAGAAGAUCUGAGUAACACCAGAAAGAGACCAGACUCUCCUUCUGACCGCAGGAAGAGUCCUUCAGGGAAACCAGACCCCGAGACGUCCAAACCAGCAGGACGACAUCACUGCUCCCAGUGUGGAAAGAGUUUUACUCAGUUAGGGAGCCUGAGAACACAUAAGAGAAUACACACUGGAGAGAAGCCUUACCACUGUUCCCAAUGUGGAAUGUCGUUUACCCAGUUAGGGAGCCUGCAAACACAUGAGAGGGGACACACAGGGGAAAAGCUUUUCCAAUGUUCCCAUUGUGGAAAGAGUUUUGGCCAGGUAGGAAACCUGAACAAGCAUGAGAGGACACACACAGGUAAGAAGAUGUACCGCUGCUCCCAGUGUGGAGAGAGAUUUACCCGGUUAAGGUACCUGAAAGAGCAUGAAAGAAUACAUACAAAUACACAGGAGGAGAAGACAUACCACUGCUCUCAUUGUGGAAAGACAUUUUCCCAGUCAGAGAACCUGAAAACACAUGAGAGAAUCGAGAGGCUGUGUUCUGACUUGUGUUUCUGACUGAGAAUGUGUGUGUUUGUUUGGGCUGUCAGACUUGAAUUCACUUUGUGUAAUGUUAGUGCACUAUUUUUAAUUGUGAUUAAUCCAUUGUCUGAAAGGGUUAAAAACACACUGAAAACAUCCAGAAUACAUCCUAUAUACAGCUAAAAUCUACAAUGCCAUGUAAACACAAGAUGACAUUGAGGUUAAAUAAAGUGUGAUUUAUCAAUUGAACAUAUUUUGACACGUCCACUGUGUGUCUCUGUAGAGUCAUAAUAUCCACAACAACUAGAGGUCAAACAGGGAGAUGGUUCCAUUCAUUUUCCCCACAGGGCUGUGUUUUGUUUAGACUCACCCUGGUCUGAUGUUUUCAUAACCAUGUAAAUCUCUCUGGGAUGAGGUGACUGAGGACACAGUGUGUUGUGAAUUUAUUGUCAUGUUUUUAAAAUGGUAUAACUGCCU